AUGGCCUCCACUGGUGUAAGCUUGCUAGGCAAGUGGUGGGCCAAUUUAAGAACGACAACAGCUCGAGAAGGAACCAUUCCAUCAUGGUUCGGGUCCUUAUCUGAACUUCAAACCUUCGAUUUGUAUGGUAAUCAAUUUUCAGGUUCCAUACCCAAUGAUAUAUUCAACUUAUCUGCACUGCAAGUACUUGAUCUAAGAAACAACCAGCUAUCCGGUAGCAUACCAAAAGAUAUCGAGAAGUUAACAAUGCUGAAAGAGAUAUUACUUGGACAAAACAAUUUCAAAGGUAUCAUACCAAGAGAAAUCGGGAACCUAACUAUGCUCAAGACGCUAUAUCUUGACUAUAACAUGUUCGAAGAAAUCCCAAACUUGAUUGGCACUAAAGAUCAGGUGGAGAAGUUGUAUGUGCAGGUUAAUGCCCUAAAAGGGCCUCUUCCGUUGUCUGUCUUCAAUAUGUCGUCUUUGAAAAUUUUGGCUCUAACAGCUAACAACAUGACUGGUAGUAUUCCAGACAAUUUAUGUCAACAUCUUCCAAGUAUUCAGAUCUUGAGUUUGAUAAGCAAAAAAUUUGAUGGUCCACUUCCAUCCAAAUUAUGGCAAUGCAAGGAGCUUCUUGAGUUCUUAUUAGGCUAUAACAACUUCGGUGGAAACAUACCGAAAAGUAUCGGGAACUCGACCCAGUUAAUAGAGAUCAGUAUAAGCGGCAACAACUUGACAGUCUUUUGCAAUUUGAGGGGUAGCAUUCCCAAUGAUAUUGGAAACUUCACUAGCUUGAUAUCCUUAGGGAUUGUAUCCAAUCUAUUGAGUGGGUCAAUUCCAACUUCUGUGGGAAGACUAAGGAAUCUCCAGGGUCUCUAUUUGUAUGAUAACAAGUUGCAAGGAUACAUCCCAGAUGAACUUUGUCUACUGGACAACCUAGUUGAAUUGAAUAUCAGGGGUAAUCAACUCUCUGGUUCCGUACCUUCCUGCCUAGGUAAUUUAACUGCAAAACUUAGAAAGAUAUCAUUAGAGUCCAAUUUGUUAACUUCCACAAUACCAUCUACCUUAUGGAAGGUUACAUAUAUAUUGAUCCUAGACUUGUCAUCCAAUUUACUCGUUGGUCCUCUCUCAGAAGAUGUUGGAAAACUGAAAGUUGUGAUAGAAGUGAAUUUAUCAAAUAACCAUUUAUAUGGUGCUAUACCAAGCAGUAUGAGUGGACUCCAGGAUUUGGUUAGUCUGUCCUUGGAAAAUAAUAAUUUAGAAGGUCAUAUCCCCAGUUCAUUUGGAAACUUGCUAAGCCUGGAACUCUUGGAUCUAUCCAAAAACAAUCUUUCCGGAGUAGUUCCAAAGUCUCUUGAAGCACUCAUUCAUCUCAAGGAUCAUAUCAGCAAUACUCCUAGUGGCCUUUAUAUCGAUGUUGAUACUACGGAGGAAAAGGGGAAUGCUGUAGUUGCAACAAAUACUGCGUUGCCAAGCAACAUACUCCUAGAUGAUGACAUGGUUGCACAUGUUGCUGAUUUUGGAAUCGCAAAACUUUUGGGAGGAGAUUCUGUGCCUCAGACGUUGACCCUAGCCACAAUUGGGUAUAUGGCUCCAGAGUACGGAAUGGAAGGAAUUGUUUCGACAAGAGGGGAUGUGUACGGUUUUGGUAUUGUAAUGAUGGAAACAUUCACGAAAAGGAAGCCGACGGAUGAAAUGUUUGCUGGGGAAAUUAAUUUAAAGGAAUGGAUUGCAAAUUCAUUACUAGAAGAUGGAAUAAUAGAAGUUCUGGAUGCCACUUUACUUGGUAUAGAGGAUGAUGAUGAUAAAUUUGUGGUCAAGAGACAUUGUUUGUCAUCCCUUACGAGAUUGGCCUUAGCAUGUUCUGCGGAGUCACCGCAAGGGAGGAUAAACAUGCAAGAUGUUGUUGUCACCCUCAAAAAAAUCAAGAUAAAGCUUUUGAAGGCUGUUGCAUGA